CGCGCAGAACGGCGGCCGCGAGGCAGCCGGCGCGGUGCUCCCUCGGCGCGGUUCGCCGGAGCAGACUUUUGCUUACGGUUUGAGCCGCGGCCCGGUAGGUUGACUGAGCGGCUGGUGCGUGUGAGGCGGUGCUGGGCGGGGUUGGGUCGCCACUGCGCGAUCCGGCCCCAGUCUCGGUUACGUAGACGCCUAGUCAGCACGUGCCGCCGCGGGGACUCACCCUCCCCCGACGCAAAAGCUCCCUCGCUGUGCCCCUCCAGACCGGAUGGGGCCGCCUGGGCAGCGGCUGUGUGUGAGAAGCAGAUGGUUUCCCGAUGGGCAGACGCCUCGUGCGCCUCACCCCGCAGCGCGGCUGGCUCGCAGCUCGGAGGUCUCCUCUGGGCGCGGGUCGGCUGGCUGCACUGUCGGUGGCGGCCCUGGCAGGCUCAGCGGUGCAGCCCUCCCCUUACGGAGCGGCUCCCGCCCUGCUGUGGAGCUGCGGCGUGUCGGUUGUGAUGCGCUUCUAGCCACCGAGCGGUCGUGCGAAUCCUUGAGUGGAGGCGCGAUGCGCGGCGCCCUGCGAGGCCGCCCGUACUGGGCCGGCCCGCGGCUCGGCGUUGCGCGAGGGCUGCGGCUCUGACUAGAGCCGCGCUCCGUAACAUGAUUACGACACGUGUCCUUGGCUUUGUUGGCCUUGGAGUGAGCACUGUCGGUCAGACUCUGGGCGGCCGCGCGCGGUGGUCUCUUGUCCCCUCCGGAGACGGAGGGCUCUGACUCGGACCGCGCGCGCUGGCCUGCCCCUGUCUGGUCCGGGACUUCCGUUGUGGGAGGGGGUCUGGUCUCCGACUGGGCUCCCUCCCCGCGGGUUGUCUGCGGGCUACCUGGUUGAUCCUGCCAGUAGUCAUAUGCUUGUCUCAAAGAUUAAGCCAUGCAUGUCUAAGUAUAAGCUAGGGUGCCCACAGGACCCAAAAGAAAAUAGCUUUUCGACUCAAAAAGGGACGCACGAGGCAAAUCUGAUGUUGGCCAGUUCCAAUAGGAGCGAGGCCUCUUCCGUUGGGGGACCGAGUACAUAGGAAACGAGGGUUUCCCAUUGUGUCCCCUUCGCGUGCGAGCGUGACACUGCACUUGGCGCCGAGC